CCACCAGAAAACAGACACAACCACAGACAAAACCACAACCAGAGACAUUUAAACAAAGCAUAUAACGUAAGACAUACGCUCACACACACUCACUUAUACACACACUCAAACAGACAGACACAUAUACAAAUACAUAUAUAUCUAAUCAGACACAACAGAAGCACAAGUUCAUAUACAACAAAAAUAAAAUGACUUCUGGCUCAGUGUACAUCUCCAUUAAACAAUUUAAUGCUCGACUCGGAGACGAACUCUCCCUUAAAGUCGGUGAUAAAGUCGAAGUACUUGCCGAUGAUAGUGAAUAUAAUGAUGGAUGGUUUAUGGGAAAAAACCUUCUAACUAAUGAAGUCGGACUUUAUCCGAAAUCUUUUACUCAAAUUCUUCAACAACCAACAAAUCCUGAUAAAUCUUUAUUAAGGUCUCGAUCAAGACGUGUAGCCAGUGGGAAUAGUACAAAUUCAACUAUAAAUAAUUCAAAUAAUACUAAUAAUGGAUCCAGUUCUGGACUCGGAACUCCUAUUUUAAAAGUCAAUCAAAUUACUGAUUCAGUUGAACAAUUGGAUAUAAAAAAUAAUAGUCCUGAACCCCUUGCAAAUUCCACUAGAACUGAAGAUUUAAACCCUCAUGAAGCUUAUAAAUGGACUCCUCAACAAGUAUCAUCAUAUUUCUCUCUUGUAUUAGGAUUUGAUUUGGAAAUAGCCGGUAAAUUCGCCAGACAUAAGAUUACUGGAGCCAUUCUAUUUGAACUUGAUUUGGCUCAUUUAAAAGAGUUGGAUAUUGACUCAUUUGGUACUAGAUUUGAAAUUUAUAAGGAAAUUGAAAAAUUAAAGGAAUUAUCUGAAAAAGGUGGUAAAUCUAAAAUUAAAGCUCCUCCUGUUCCUCCUACAAAAAUCGAAGAUACGGCCUCUUCAAAUUCAGAAGAUGAUUUUCAAAGUCCUAAUGUUACUCCUUAUUCUAAAAGUAAAGAAUUUGAUACUAAAUUAAUGCCUUCAGCUCCCUUAACUACUUCUACCAGUACUAAUAGUUUUUAUAAAAAUCAUCAACGUAAAAGAUCUCAAUCUAUGGAAAAUCUUAGUUUUAUUGAUGAUUUAAAUAGUAAUUUAUUUACAUCUCCUAGAAAGGCUCCUCAACCUCCAACUGAUAGUCCAAUGAAUGAAGCAUAUAAAUUUGGUAGUGGUCCAGUACUUAUGGCUCCAACUCCUCAAGAUCAUGGGAUUUAUCGUACUAGAUCUCAUGCUUCAAGUUUACUUCAAUUAAGUAGGCCAAGUUCAAGUGUAUAUGAACAAUCAGUAAUGAGUAAUCAUAAAAAAUCUGGUUCUCAAGUAUCAGGUAAUGGACAUGGAAGAGGAAAUUCUAGUUCAUCAAAUAAUAAUCAUCAUAAAAGACAUUCUUCCUUAUUCUCAUUUUUAUCAGUAAGUGAAGAAAAACCUUUGAAUACUAAUAGAACUAAUAAUUUAGCAGGAUCUCAAACUCCUAAGGGAGAUUUACCUAAAUUAACUUUAACAUCUCCAGUUAAUCUUAAACAAGAUAAUGUACCUUCAGCUCCAACUCCAUAUUCACCUAGAAGAAAUAAUCUUAAUGGAUCAAUUCCUAAUCGAGCUGAUUCUCCAUCUGAUUUAACUAUUGUAGAUAUUGAUAAUGUUCAAUUAUCUCCUAAGAAAGGCAAAUCUGGUUCAACUCCAACUUAUAGUAAACCAGAUUUAACUUUUGGUAGAGAUGAAAGGAGAUCAGCCUCAGAUUCUCCCGGUCCAAUUCCUUCAAGAUUAAAAGGUUUACGUACUGUAUCAGCUCAAAAUUUAAAGAAUAUUACUGCCUCAAGAAAACUGAAAACUUCAGCUUUUACUGAAGGUAUAAGAGAGAUAUCACCAGAUGAAGCAAUAAAAUCUGCAUCUUAUAGUGGAUGGAUGUCAAAGAAAUCAGGUAACGCCUUAUCAUGGAGAUCAAGAUAUUUUACUUUACAUGGAACUCGAUUAUCAUACUUUGCUUCACUUAAAGAUAAACGAGAAAAGGGGUUAAUUGAUAUAACAGCUCAUAAGGUUAUACCAAUUAGUACUGAAACUGAUGAAUUCUCCGAAAGAUCUGAUAAAUAUACGGCUUUAAUAGCUUCUUCAACAUUUUCAGGAAGUUAUUGUUUUAAAUUAGUACCUCCAGCUCCUGGAUUUAAAAAAGGAUUAACAUUUACUCAACCAAAGACUCAUUAUUUUGCGGUUGAAUCAGAAGAUGAAUUAAGAGGAUGGAUGAAAGCUUUAAUGUCUGCUACUAUUGAUAUUGAUGAUAGUGUUCCAGUAGUUAGUAGUUGUUCUACUCCAACGGUUAGUUUAUCUAAAGCUCAAGAAUUAUUAGCUAGAGCUCGAGAAGAAACUAAACUUAAAGAUGAAGAAUUACGAGCUCAAGGAUUUCAACGAGGUAGUACUGUAUCUGAUGAUUUUAAUCAAUUUUUAAAUGAUACAACAAAUGAUUUUGCAACUUCAGUAGAUUCAGGUAGAUCUCAUAAUGAUGAUUCUACGGCUGAUACUUCUAUACAUCCUCCUAAAUUAUCUUUAGAUACAUCUUCUAAAGGUACAACUCCAAAGACUCCUUCAACUCCUCAUGUAGGUGGUACAAGUUCAACUUCCGGUCCUGGUCAUAGCUCACUUAGUGGAGGUUUUGCUUCUCCUUAUUUAUUGGCAUCCGGUUUAUUAUCUCCCAAAUCCGGUAAUGCUUCAUCAUCUCCUACUACUGCCACCACUCCCGGUCUGAGAACCGCCUCGGAUUUCUUUCCUGAUGUCACUACCGGAUCAACAUUAACCAAUGACUCAUCAUCAACAACAAAUAGCACAAUAAAUACAAAUACUACCACCAAUACUACAACCCCCAAGUCUAUCUUUUCCAAUAGUAAUGGCCGAAUCUUAAGUGGAUCCCGUAAGAAAUUGGCCGGAGAAAAGUUAAUGGCUUAUUCAAGUGAUGGUACCGGUAAUCACAGUUUUGUCAUCAAGGCCAAACGAUGAUUGACUAUAACUAUGCUAUACUAAUUUUCUACGUUUAUUUAAUUUAAUUUAAUUCGAUUAAUUUAAUUUAUUCUUCUUUUAUAUCUUCUUUGUAAUGUAUUAUUUUGACUUCCGGUGGUAAUGUAUACGGUAUUCCGGGCACAUUCACGUGACCGCACACAAAAC